CACAGGCAAUAAGUGAUGCGAAUGACAGCAGUUUAACUAUAUAUAAGUUCAACCAUUAGUUUACUACAAAAUUCAAUAUUUUUAAACAACAGUUAUCCAAAUGGCGUCUUCUUGUUCUUGUAAUGACGAAAAAAAGAUAAUAAACUCGACAAACAUUUCACAACUUUAUUAUACAGAUUUAUUUCCAAUCAAUGAAAACGGAAACAAACCGACCAAAGAAUUCUUGCUAAAAGUCAUUGAAAUAUGUCUCGACUUUAUUCAAAAAUCUAACGACAGGUCCACUAAAGUGAUUGACUUUCACACACCUGAAGAAUUGCAAAAAUUGUUUGAUUUUUCGAUACCCGACGAACCACUAAAUAUCGGACAAAUAUUGAAUGACUGUAGAGAUGCCCUUAAAUAUCAAGUGAAAACUGCUCAUCCGCAUUUCUUCAACCAAUUGUCGUGUGGUCUCGACAUUGUCUCCUUAGCCGGAGAAUGGCUUACGGCCGCCGCUAAUACUAAUAUGUUUACAUACGAAAUAGCACCGGUAUUUAUUUUAAUGGAACAUCAUAUCCUUAAAAAGAUGAGAGAUAUUAUCGGCUUUACUAAUGGAGAUUCAAUUUUAUGCCCCGGUGGUGCAAUAUCUAACUUGUAUGCUGUAAUCAUCGCCCGACACAAACUGUUUGCUGAAUAUAAGGCUAAAGGACUUAAAGCACUUUCACAACAACUGGUUCUCUUCACAUCAGAACACAGCCAUUACUCGACUCGAAGUGCUGGUGCUGUUUGUGGCUUCGGUACAGAUAAUGUUAUUGACGUUCCCUGUGAUGAAAGGGGACGAAUGAUACCAUCAGAGUUAGAAAGACUUGUCAAAGAAACCAUUUCAAGAGGUGACCGACCAUUUUUUAUCAACUGUACCUCUGGUACCACCGUUUUGGGAGCUUUCGACCAAAUCAACCCAUUGGCAGAUAUCGCCGACAAAUAUAAUAUUUGGCUUCACGUUGAUGCCGCGUGGGGAGGAGGAUGUCUAUUGUCACGAAAGCAUAGACACAAAUUGGAUGGCAUUGAAAGGGCCCGAUCUGUUACUUGGAAUCCACACAAACUCAUGAGUACUUUACUUCAGUGUUCAACCGUUCAUUUCAAAGAAAAUGGUUUACUUAUGGAUGCAAAUCAAAUGUGCGCCGACUAUCUGUUCCAACAGGACAAACAUUAUGAUGUCAGCUAUGAUACCGGAGAUAAAGUCAUUCAAUGCGGUCGACACAAUGAUAUAUUUAAAUUGUGGAUUAUGUGGAGAUCAAAAGGAAUGGAAGGCUAUGAACGACAUAUCGACCAUUUGUUUGAUUUGACUGAUUAUAUGGUUGAAAAGCUAAAGGAUCGCCCUGAUCAAUUUUAUUUGAUUAUACCGGAGCCAGAAUGCGUCAAUAUUAGCUUCUGGUAUAUCCCUACAAGGCUUAGGAAUGUACCACACGAUCGACAGAGAAUACAGGAGUUGGGAACGAUAACACCACAACUAAAGGCACGAAUGAUGAAUUCGGGAACACUUAUGAUAGGGUAUCAACCGGUCGGCGAAAUACCCAACUUUUUUCGCAAUAUUAUAUCAAACUCUGGCGUCCAAACAAAGGACAUUGACUUCUUGUUGAGCGAAUUGGACCGUUUGGGUCACGACUUAUAAAUUAAUAUAUUUAUCAUUCCGACCGAUAUCUUAAUUACAAAUAUAUAAUUAUA